AUGAGUUCUCCACCGGACCAGGCCAAUGGGUCGCGACCAGAAAUCGACCCACGCUCGUACCAUGAACAUUAUCAUGGCUUGCAGACUGGCUCAUAUACAGACCAGCAGCUGCGCCAUGCUUCUGCCCACCAUUUGCAUAUGACGAACCGGCGAUUCUUCGUCGGUCCAAUUCCAGAAGGCUGGCUGCAUGGUCAUCGCAAGUCCUGGUAUAGAUCUCGACUGAGAGUCCGAAACUAUACAUCGCAAACCGUCUCAUUCUCUGCAGGUCCUAUAGCGACUCAUUACGGCGAACAGGGUGAUCGGCCCGGCUCAUCAACACCCGAUUUGGACGAGGCCGCGUUGGCACUUACCAACACAAGCACGGAGGUUGCCGAGGAGCAAAACGAUGAGAUAGAAAGAGAGGCACAAGAAGAGGCUGCAUCAGAGGCUGUGGGGGAGCUCCGGACCCUGACCCACCCUGAAGCUGAGGCCAGCGGUGACGAUCCCUUACCGGAAGAGGACAUAGAAACUAGAGGACAUAGCGAAGGAGAUAACGGAGGGGAUAGGGGAAGAGGUAGCGGAAGACAUAGUGGAGAGGACAGCGGAGGAGACAGUGGAGAAGAUACAGACAGCACACCCAAGGCCAGGCCAAACGGGCAAGUCGACACAUACAGCAAUGAUAUUGCUUCGUCUUCAUUCGUCACUGCCAGAGAAGAGGCUGCCAGCUCUACAGACACGGGACAAUCAAUAGCAACCAUACGAGCCAGCAGACCGGAACCGCCUGAGCCGCGACCAAAAUCCCCGGGCUCACACGACAUAAAUUUGAGAGAUCAUUCUUCUCCCAACCCCCUGACCCCCAAUCUAUCCACGGUUCCAAGCGAAGCCGAUUCAGAAACACAAUUGCUUCGACGCGAGUACAAGGACAAAGGGAAGCAGAAAAGCAAAGCAUCCGGCGUGUCUCGAGCAACGCUUCAACAUCACGACCCACAGGAUGACGAUGACGCUGGCGAAGAUGCGCAAAUCCAACGGAGACUCACUAAAAAGAUGGCAAAAUUCAACCUGGAUGACAAUCUCGGACACAAGAAGCAAAAGAUGCGCUCCAAGAUUGCAAAGGCCCAAGGUACUAUCUCUGCCAAUCGACCACACCGACGAAAGGUGCAAGAUGGAGAGAUUGUCAAAGUAGAGAAAAUGCUGGUUUGCGUGGAGGAGACUCUGCAGACCACACUUCCCGCCGAUUACACCGAGAAUGACAGCCUGCGCAUGGAAACCCGGAUGGUAGACAAAUGGAGGGAGUUUCUCGUGGUAUGCCGCAAAAUAUCUGCAGAACAUACGCCAUUUGCCAUUCAGAUGUACCGCACUCGUGUAAUUCCUGAUGUGCAACGACCGAACAGCAAAACGCCCCCUUACUAUGAAGUACGACUCAGUCACAAAGAUACCCAUGUUAACCUCUAUUCCCCCCUCGACAAGACCAUCGUUAUUUGGCGUCCCUGCAAGCGUGGUACCAAAAUAUUUAUCCUUCGUCCAAAGUCUGCCGCGCACUCUACUGAAUGGUACACUUUCAUUCGCCAGGUGCUCGGGUGGCGGCGACCAGCCUCACUCCCUAUUAACGUCCCUGAUCUGGGAGUUUCCCUCAUUUUCAAAAAUCCUUUCAACCAGCUCGAAGCAGAACUGGAAGCAGAUAAUUCUGAUAGCGAGCACGCUACUACAGUUGCGGACCGACGAGCAGUCGAUAACAGAUUUGCUGCCGCUACCAUUAUCCGAGUAUGUAUGGAUAUGCUCGAAGGCCGUGCUGAGUGGGCCGAGGUCUUGAAGGCUUGGUCCAAGACCGAGAAGAUGGGACUAGCCUGGAAGCGGUAUGACCGACUUGAAUGGGUAUUUGGAGUCAACGAGGAAAAGAUGUACGGGACCAUGGCGAUGCAAUCAUCUCACGAGCUUGAGUUACGACCAAGACAUCAUUACUCUACUACAAUAAGGAAUCGGGGUAUACAGGAGGAGCCUGCUCCAAUUGAAGGAUUUCUAGUCCGUCUAACAUCCCAGAAAGGUGUGCAUCAGCGGAUGAACAAGAUGUUCUUCAAACGGUUGUACUUCUUUACUCAAGACCAUUAUUUGUUUUUCUGUCGGCCAGCCAAGGCAUUGCCCCCGCAACCGCCGAAAUGUGCUUCUCCAGAAGACGGAAGUAUACCAACUGCCCGUGAAAUCUUGGAUCAAAUGCCGCUCUCCUGGGAUAUCGAUCCUUAUCCACUUGAAGGUGGCGAGAUUACAUGGCUCUCCAGCGGCAAUCGGGAAUUUGUGAAACGUCAUGACGAAGAGGCUUAUGCGCACGUGCAGAGGAACAUACACAAUAUCAGCCAGGCAGAUGGGUGUAUUGAUAUGCGUCGGGUGCAAGAAGUUCGCCAUGUCUAUCGUGGCAGCUGCCCUGCCGACCCUAACAUCGGGGAGGGACCUUCUGUAGACUUCCACCCUGAGCCCAGAGACUCGCGGCAGGAUGACGGAGCAACGCGUGAAUUCGAUGACGAUAGGACAUUCGAAAUGGUUCUCGAUAAUGGUCUUGUCAUUCGACUCCAGGCAUAUGAUGAUGCUACACGGGAUGAGUGGAUCAAACGACUCGAUGCACUUGUGAAGUAUUGGCACACUCGCUGCACAGAAGAUGCCACAGAGCUACAGGCUGUACGAAAACGCAAUCUCAAGCUGUUGGAUAUCGAUGAAGCUAUGGAAUCAGUCGUAGGACAGUUCGCAAAGAAGUGGGAAGUGAAGAAAGCCGAGGCAUCUCCACACUUGCACAACAUGUGCUCACUAACUGGUUGUCGGACUAUCAAAAUGUCCGGCCACCUCUAUCGUAAACCCCGUCGCCACACCACUUUUUACCAAUGCCAUGUCGUCCUCACAGCGGGCAAGCUGUUAAUAUUCCGAAGCACGCUGCGCAGCCGAACCGGCAAGGAGAUCCCACACAUCCAUCAAGAACUCGAAGCGACUAUCGAGCUGGAAGAUUGCUACAUCUAUUCUGGUUUGAUUACCGAGAAUGACUUGCUGUAUGCCAAUCAGACAUUUGAUAGCAAUAACCCUGGUCUUCAUGCUCUUCCACGGGUGUAUCUCGAUUCCGAUGCCUUCACAAGUCGCGACGAGGACACCGCUAUCACCUUCGUGGUCUGGCAGCCCUUGAGCAAGAGCUACUUCCGAGCCCAGGAAAUAGGCGAACAAGGCAAAGCCAAACGAUCCUUGCGUCAUGUGUCCACGCUGGGCAAGCAUGGCCGCACCAUCGUGUUUAAAGCGCGUAGUCGGGUGGAAAAGGACCGUUGGGUGAUGAGUAUUUCUUCGGAAAUUGACCGUCUCCAGGAAGAGAAACAUGAAGAUAUACGGCUUGUUUCUCCGUAA